AUGUCAGGGUCUGUUUGGAAAAAGCCUGACGAAGUUAUGAGGCAGAUGAGGGAUAAGAAAAAAGCCCUCCAAGCACGAUUCAGUCAUGCAUCCACCACGACAGCAACAAAUAAUUUAGAUAAUGACGAAGCCUUGGCCCCCACAUCGUCCUCGUCAGCAACUGCCUCUGUAAAGAGAAAGAAUCCUUUCAGACGCUCCCCAGCCAAGAGGCCAAAACUUCUUACAGUCACUCAAGAUGACCAGAGAAAUGCAAGUGCCAAUGUAGAUUUCAUGAGCAUGUUAAAUGCCCCCAAUGUAAAAGCUGAUACCAAUAAAGAGUUGGCUGUGGAACUACCGCAAGCUCUGUCAAUAUUCACUGCAGUAACACCUGUUUGCCAGAAAGUUGAUCAGUGUCCUGUUGAUUGGUCCUUAAAGACCAGGGUACGCUUCACCUCCAAAUCACCUUUUGCCUUCAGCUCUACUCUCAAAACGUCCGAGGAGGCUUCUGGAAUCACAGGUUUCGUGAGAUGCGUCAGCUCUCUCAAAUCCGACGAGUGGAGCACGUUGGACACGUCAACAAAUGCGCAAUUUCAUCAAUGCUGCUUGUUGUGGCAAUAUCCUUGGCUGCCUUGGUUAUCUUUAUUCCCUCGGGACACACGAGCCCCUAUCACUUCCACCAGCUCUGUCCAAAUCGGCAUGGACUCGAGCGUGUCAAAUUGCCUGAUCAACGACUGGUGUGAAAGCUUUCGCUCUCUUUUCGGACUAUUGCGCGCGAGGCAAUGCCCAUUCUUCUAUGUCUGUACUCAUCAAUUCACCGUUCUCUUUCGAGCUGCUGGAAUAGGAGGAGUUGCAGAAAUCCAUGCUCUAUUAACCCCUACCACGCGUGGGAUGCGAGAAGUUUUGCGACGAGAAGAUAUCUCAUACUCGAUGCCGUUGAAGAAAAGUGGUCAAGAUCAAACGAACCCUGUGAAUAAUGAUGAAGAUGAUGAAACCAAAGAAGCUGACAAAGUUGGCGAUCUUGAUGACGAAGAUUGUGACGAAGAUGAUGCUGACUGGAUCAACGAUAUCGGCCUGCAUUCAAAUCUCAGAUCAAAAUUGGAGGCUGAAAGGUUGCAGGAUGGAGGGCAAGGAACAAGCCAAGGCACCUAUGCGGACUCGCUCCUUUUGAUCGAAGGUGUUGAGACGCAGGGACUGUUCAACUGGCUUCUAAACAGCAAACUGUGUCUGUCCAGCACUGGCCCAUUGACUGGAAUUCCUCCAACUCUAUUCAGUCCCGUCGCUUUCCAUCAGGCCACACUCCGACCCCUCAAGGCCCGACAAGGUUUUCUGAAGCAAGACGGAGAAAAUCUCUACUCCAUCGAAGUUCAGGGUCCGAUCCUACCCCACUCGAUGGUAUCGCUAAUGAAACUGCUGCAAAGCAGCGAUUUCACGGCUGUCUGGACUACGCUAUCCAGCACCAAGCCCUUCGCAUCAUUCCAAAGUUCGACCGCCGCCACUUCUGCAUUCGGUAAGGAAAGUUUGAGUGAUUGUGGUCUUGACCGGACGAGCCUCGAUCUGUUUUGCUCAUCACAACUCCCGCCAUCCGCUAGCGAGAUCCGCUUUCAAGAUGGAUGUUUUUACUUUAACUAAGAGAUAGAUCUCUUCUCAUUUUUAAAACGUCGAAUAAGUGUGUUUUUAAAUCAUGCUCACUCUACAGUCCAGUUGAAUAACAAGUCUGUCAAGAAAUCAAAUCUUGCCAAAUCAUGUUAUCUUACGACUGAUCUCAUAAUGGUACCAUAUAAAAUGUGAACUUAUUGCCGAAUGCAAUGAAUAGAUAGUAAAACAAUGA